CUGAGAGUCGGGUCGGAUCAGAAAGAAGGCCGCUUCUCCGGGUUUUACUAGCAGCUUGAGGAAGAGUAAGGAAAGUGCUGGGGAGGCUGUCAGCUACAACCAGUCGGCUUCAGAGAGUACCUCCAAUAUGAGAGAUGCCGUGCUAGACAUGACCCAGUCCAUACAUCCUAUGGAGGAGUAUCAGUUAAUAUUGUUCAGCAGCUCAAGAACCAGGAGGUUGACUGUCAUUGGUGCAGAGGUUGAAUAAGUCAUGCUUCAAGACUCCAUAGCCUGAGGCAGCACCAACACCUGUGAACAAGGUGGAGACCAUCUCUGGAAGCUCUGGGUCUUGCCUCUGGAUGGAGGUUUAAAUUGCACUAGAAGCGAAGUGCCCAGGGAAUUGUGUUGGGAAAUUCCAACUUACCUUUCCAGAUCCAGCUCGGAUGUUACCUUCUCUGCAAACCCAUCCAUGAAUUUUCCCCUUGCCCUGCGUGGAACUAAUAAUUCAGGCAAAUUUCCAUAAGGCAUGGUUCCCUGCAUUUCUACAACUUUUAUCUGAGCAUCACAGAACACUAAAAUUGAAGAUAAAAAGAUAAAAGAAGCAAGAAAAACGUGGAUGGACCUGAGGAUGAAGUGAUUGCCCAUAGUGAAUAGUGGAUCUGCAGAGAUGAUGGAACACGGGCUCUCUGUGGGUCUGCAUCAUGCUGGCACCAUCAAAAAGAUUGGUGGUGGAAGGAAACAAGGGCAAGUGAGGGCUCGUGCUAAAACCGAGAACAAACAAUCCUUACUGGAAGGCAGCAUGUCCAAUUUUACCAUGAGAAAAACAUCUCCCACAGGAAAUGAUAUGAAGAGUACCACUCAGGAGACUACACUGAAGCAACAGGGUUUUCACGAGCUGAACAAAAGAAGGACUUUCUUACAGGAUAACAGCUGGAUAAAGGAACGUCCGGAAGAAGAAAAAGAUGAAAAUUAUGGUAGGGUGGUACUCCAUAGAUGUAACUCCCAUGAUACCUCAGACAGGAAAACAAACGAGAGGGAUGAGGCAAAAGCCACAAUCAGUUGGUACAGAUCUGAUGACACUUUGGACAGAAACAUGUCCACGUUUCGGUCACCAGAAGAGACAAAGAUGCAACCUGGAGGUUUGUUCAGUGCAAAUGCCACCAACACCCCAGAUUCCAACUCUGCUACUACUCCUGUAAAGAAAAAGAGACAGUCCUGGUUUCCACCGCCCCCUCCAGGUUAUAAGGCCGCCCCAAGCACAGGAGCGAGCAGAAGGGAACCAACUGUUCACCCUCCAAUACCUCCAAAGCCCAGUUCUCCUGUUUCAUCUCCUAACCAGCUGAGGCGGGAUAACAGGCAGAUAUGUCCACCUAAACCAAGUGCAUAUACAGAAACCAACAGAUCUGCUGAAAGAAAUAUAAGGAGUCAGGAUCUUGAAAGCAUCGUCAAAGUGGCCACUUCAUUUCAGAAAGCUGACAAGGGUGAAGAAUUAGAUAAUCUCAUCAAAAUGAACAAAAGCUUGAAUAGACCCAAAAGCCUUGAAAAUCUCAUUGUUGUGAAUACCCGGACAGACAAAGAUGGCAAAGGAAACCAAGGUCUUGGAAGUCUUAUUAAAGUUAAUCAAAGGACUGACAAAAACGAGAAAGGAAUCCAAGAUCUCAAAACGGUUAUCGAAGCAAAUGCUAGGACAGAUCAGACUAGCAGAGGAGGUGAAGACCUUGAUAAUGUUAUCAAAGUGAAUCCCAAAGAAAGUGAAAACACCACUGGGAAACAAGACCUCAAUGGGCUUAUUAAAGUGAAUCCUGAAACAAAUAAAAAUAUCAAGAGGGGCCAGAGCCUUGACAAUCUCAUCAAAGUGACCCAUGAAGUAAAAAGAAAUAACCCAGGGGACCAAACUCGUGACAAUCUCAUCAUAGUGGCUCCAGAAACAAACAGAACUAACCAAUGCAGUGAACAGGAUCUUGAUGAACUUAUUAACGUAAGCCCCAAAGCUGUCAAAAACACAGCCAGAAAUCAAGAUCUUGAUAAGCUCAUCAAAGUGAAUCCUGAAACUCUCUCCAACAACCAAAGAAACCGGGAUCUCAAUAACCUCAUCAAAGUGAAUCCUGAAGUAAUCAGAAGCAAUCAAAGCCAAGCUUUAGACAAUCUUAUUAAAGUGAAACCUUCACCUCUCAGAAAUACUAAGCGAGACCAGGACCUAGAAAAUUUAAUUGAAGUAAAUUCCAAUAUGUCUAAGAGUAAAAAUGAAAGGCAAGAUGGCCAAGUUAGUGAGUCUACUGAGGCUUUAAUCAACCCAUCUUCUAGAACCACUGCCUACUCUUAUGAAGCACAGAAGACGCUCAGCUCCAAUGCUGAAACCAGGCAUUCAGGACCAAAGGAUACUGUUAUGUACACAAGGACGUAUGUGGAGAAUAGUAAGUCACCAAAGGAUAGAUAUCAGGAGAGUAUCUCUGGAAAAUACAUACAAACCGUUUAUUCAACUUCAGAUAGGUCUGUCAUUGAAAUGGAUAUAUGCACUUACUGUCGAAAACCCUUGGGCACAGGAGCUAAGAUGAUUUUAGAUGAAUUACAAAUUUGCUGCCAUUCCACUUGCUUCAAGUGUGAAAUAUGCAAGCAACCUUUGGAAAACCUACAAGCAGGUGACAGUAUUUGGAUUUAUAGACAGACAAUACAUUGUGAACCUUGCUACUCUCAAGUUGUAGCAAAGUGGAUUCAGUAAUUCUGGCACAUGAAAAUCAAGAUGAAAGCAUUCACUAAGGAAUUAAAAUUUUUAUUGUAAGAACAUACCAUAUAGAAAAGCUUUUACACCAAAGAUUGACUCUGGUAUAGAAUUAACAACUCUGCUAUUGCAUAAAUAAUCUAAUUGCCUCCAGUAAGGUCACAUACAUAAAAGGAACCAUCUGGUAUCUGGUUAGAUUUAGAGAUCAAAAAUUCAAGUGGUUCUAGUUCCCAGCGUCAAAGGAAGCAUGCUUCUGAUGGUAGUGAGCAUUGUCAGCCUUGACCAGGUCCAUCUCUGCUCAGUAUUAGGCUGUGUGUCACGGUUUCCAUUAUAGACAAAUUUACCAUUUUCUCACCUUGUUUCCCUAAUAAUUUGGAUUUACAGACGUUAUUGAAGUCUUGAUAAAACUGUCAUGGGAGCAAGAUAUGUUUCCUUUAUAAAGGUACAAAAGUAAUGUUGAUAGAAUGUUUGGCAGAAAGAUGUUAACGUAUAAAGUUGUAUGGACCUCAGAAAAUCACUUAAACUUUUCAGAUUUCUGUGCUAUUAUCUGUAACAUGAGGGGCAAUGGACAAAAUGAUUUCUAAGGUCGCUUUCUGCUCCAAAAUUAUCAGAUUCUAAAGCACGUUUUUGUUUGCUCUUUAGAAACAUACCUGAAUCUGUGUUUGUUAGGCAUAUUGAACUAGAUAGGCUAUCUAAACAAUUUAACCUUGGUAUCAUCCUUCAGUUUAUCACCGAUACAAGUUUUAUAGAAUGUUUUUUAAAAACAGAAAGACCUGCAUUUAUAGGUAAUGGGUAAAAUCAUAUGACAUAGUAUUUACGUAAUUUGUCAAGUUUUCUUUGCAUGCAUUUCAAAAUCUGGAUUCAUAAAUGAUCUAUGAGAAAUAAUGAAAGUUGUGGACUACAAAGACAUGUUCUUUAGCAUGCUAUAUCUAUUCCUAUUACAUAGCACUUUAUAUUUACAGAUGGCUUAUAAAAAUAAAUGAACUGUCAGUUAUACAGAAUCUUCUUGUACAGUGUCUAUAAAUAUUACUCACUGACAUUGAUAUGUCAAUUACAGUGAUCAUAAUUUAUUAUAUUCUGUGCCAUGCUGCUUAAAUUAAUUUUUUAACUGCUCAAUCUAUAACUUUGAUUUUUAAAGAGCUUUUUCUUAAGGAAUUGAAAAUUCAAUAAUCUUGUGAGGAACUAUUAUUAUUAUUAAAAUUGAGACAUUGCACUUAUAAACUACUUUAUAUGCACAUAGCAAUUGCUUCUCAAAGGAAAGCAUAUGGAACAUUGAGAGAGGGUGGAAUUCUAAGGGAGUUUAAGGCAGUUGUAAAAAACUGACAAACUAGGGAGAUUAAAAGAUAAUCAUGUACUUCCUAAACGUUGAUAAAUGUAAAGAGUUAUUCUUCUGUAUAAUGAUUUCAAGCAUCUGUUCCUCUGAGACACUGGUCCACAAAGUGUUAAACACUAAUGCUUAUUAAAAUACAGAAAUGUGUAAUCAUUGUCCUAUGGAGAGGGAGCCAGAAAAAACAAUUAAUAAUAAUUUGAUAUUCAUUAAUUCAUGCUUGAUGAGAAGCGGUGGUAAUUGAGCCAUAUGUUUUAUUGUUCUCUUAUUACAUGCUAUCAGAGUGGAUCAAAAGAAAUAAUUUUCUUAGAGUUGGAAUUUGUGGCAGGAAAGGACGAAUGAAAUAGUAUCCCUCUCUUUUAUAUAAAGUGUAUUAACAUCUCAAUGCCUUUGUGGUAAUUAAAAAUCAUUUGAAUAUCAUUUUUAAAGGAUUCUACUGUUGAAUGCUUAAUUUUAAAAAAACCUGAAAGGAACGUAAUUCUCACUUUUCUGUAGCUGUUUAAUGGACCCUUUCUUCUACAAUAAUGUAUUAAAUUAAACCAAAAGCUGUUGUAAAAAUGGAAUAAAUACAGAGUGGAGAGAGAAGGGCUUCUGAUUUACCAAGUCUGCUUCAUCAUGUCUGGGAUUACUUGCACCAUAGGAAUGACAGAUUCCUAAAACAGUUUGUAAGAUCUUAUUUUUUUUUUGCAGCUAACUAAUUAUGCUAUGAUUGGCAUACUUUUCCUGGACACAACUGCCUAAAUCUCAGAAUACCAGGCCCUGAAUUCUAUUACAAAUGAAGAGAUGUCCCUAAAAAAUAAUUAAUUGCUCCACUAUGAGAGAGUAUCCUUCCAAAAAGCAAAACAAAAAUAUAUCUAGUAAUCUUGGAAAUAGAAUUUGUUAAAAACCUUUUUUUUUCUUUUACUAAGGCCAAGAAAUAAAAAUUUAUUCAAGAAGUAAUCUAUGCAUCCUUAAUUGUUUGAUUGCAAUCACUCCUAUAAUUAGAUAGGAGUGAUGAGACAGUCCAGUUCUCACUGCUGGGGCACUCUCUGACUUGUUUACUAUGAUAGAAAAUCAUGAGUGUUUGGAACAUUUUCCUAUUCAGCUUGAUUCAGAGCUCUACCAAAACAAGUGACCGUUUGGUCUACGUAGAGGCAAACUUACCAUGA